ACUUUUGUUGCUUCAAACGAACAAAAUGCACAAAUUAAAAAUGAUGGACCAUAUCUUUAAGAAAGGUCGUUCAUCAGUUUGGGUUUCCUUUUCCACGACCUUAAUUUCAGCUUCAUGAAUUUAUAAAUAAGAACAGGCAAAAACACCCCAAGGGUGUAGAAUAAGAGAGGUGCGUGACCACAUAAGGCAGAUGAGACAAAAUCAGGAGUAGGCCUAAGCCUAUAAAAUACCGGAUGGUCAAAGAAACAGUCAUACCAAAACUUGUAAAUGUAGGCCUAGUGCUUUCCUGCAAACACGCUGAAAACCAAAAUGUCGAACUCUUCUUCAACUGACAAAAUUGGUUCGGUAACAACUGUUUAUGACAGUUAUGCUGAAAAGCAGUUGCUGGCAGCUCUGAUGAGUCUCAUUUCCAUCGUCGGUGUGAUUGGCAACAGCGCCGUCUUGCUGGCCGUUGUUCUCUCCCGCAAGCCUCGCACGACCACCAAUAUUUUCGUGGUCAACUUGGCCGUAGCGGACCUCAUCACGUGUCUGAGUUUGCCCAUCAUGGUUCUGGCGCUUCUGAGCGACAGCAGGGAAAAGCUUCUCGUUCCCGACAAUCUAUGCGCUUUGCAGGGAUUUGUGUUCAUCGUUUGCAUCGGGUGCAGCCUGAAUAACAUCGCGACGACUGCCUUCUAUCGCGCCGUGAUUACUCGUCGGAAAAACAUGCGCCGUCCGAUCUGGUUCUUCAACCGUCGCGGUCUAGCAACUAUAAUCGCUACGACCUGGCUUAUUCCCUUAGUAGUCGGACUCUUGCCUAUUAUAUCUGAGUUUGGCUCGUACGGAUACGAUGACAAAUUAUCCACUUGUUCCUACAGCCCGACAGCCAAGGGCUCCGCUACGUUUUCCAGAAUCAUGAGUGCCGCCCUCUACCCUGUGCAAUUGAUUGUUACAUUCACUAGCUAUGCAGUAGUCUUCUACACAGUUAGGCAACACGUCAGAAGAGUCAACGCCGCUCCUGGGCAGCCGAUAGCCCUAGUUGGUGGGGCCAUGAGGCUACCAUUGCAACCAGGUGCACCUAUGCGUCCACACCCAUUAGCGAUUCAAGUUACAACCUCGAGCAGCCAGGAGCAGGUCCUUGCUACAAACCAGCUACAAUCCAACCAUCCGCCAUCAAUUGCCAGACAGCCUGCUCCAGCCAGGCGUCAGCUUCGUCGAAAGAUUGACGUCAACCUCACUUUAUUCCUUGUUGUCUUUUUCUUUAUCAUAUGCGUCUCUCCCUAUUUAGUUUUGGUGUUGCUUCUCGAAGACAAAUCACAGAAAAUUGUGUCCUUUUUUGGCGCGCUUAUCGUCAGCAACAGUUGCAUAAACCCUGUGAUUUACACGGCCCGGCAUCCAGACUUCAAAACAGUCAUCCGCUGCAUCUUGCUCUGUCGACUUAAUAAGAUACCACUGAAAUCAUCCUUUCUCAUGAGUUUGCUCAGCGCUCAAGGAGAAUGAGUUACAUGUACAUGUAUACGGUUCCUCCAAGAAACGAAUGUGGGGCGUGCAAACAUUCCAUUCUUGCCUUAUUCCCUGGCUCUAUGAAUAUUGACUUCAAAUGUUGAAUGUCAAAGUUAAACACUAGUUAUUACCUUUCCAUUGUAUCACUUGUUUCGAUGACAUAGAUGUGUAAUAGAUUCCGGUUGUAUAUUUAUGAGCGUCAGUUGUGCUAAUGAAAUCUUUCAAAUGUGGGUUCAUAUAGAAAUGGGAUCCACAGCGCUUUCGGAUCGCGUAAUGGUUAUGAGAGAGGUGCUAUGACUUCACAUAAGAAUUUGGUGCCGCAUGCAUGUUUCGCGUUUGCUCGUUUUGGAACAGAAACUUGCACUAUAAGUUCCAGGUUUUUUGGUGGUUUUUUAUUUCAAACGAUUGCAUGGUGUUACGAUAGAACAUUACAAAAUAUAAAAUCGACACAUUUAUCAAUAGGUAUACAUACAAUAUAGUU